AUGGCCUUCUUCCUCUCCGCCUCGCGCCGCCACUUGUCCCUCUUCUGCCAUCUCCGUCGCGGCCUCUCCACAGCUGAGAAUGCAUCGGGUUCCGCUGGAAUCAGCGCCGCCGUCGCCAAGUUUCGCCUCCAGAAGGAAUUCGACCCCGACCGCGCUGUCUCCAUUCUGUCCGCCAUCGACGACAAAUCCUCCUCGGUAACCACCUCUCGCUACGCCUUGGAGCUUACCGUCCGCCGGCUCGCAAGCACCCGCCGCUUCUCUGACGUCGAAGCCCUUAUCGAAUCCCGCAAGUCCGAGGCUACCUCCCUCACGGAGCCGUACGUCGCUUCUUUAAUCCUCUCCUACGGAACCGCCGGCAUGCUCGACCACGCCAUCCGCACCUUUGACGAGGUGCCGACGCUCACUUCUGCUCCCCGUUCGGUUCUGUCCUUUAACGCGCUCCUCUCCGCCUUCAUUCGCGCAAAGAAGCCAUUUCGAGUGGUAAAUCUUUUCUCCAAGCUUUUGGAGGAGCACUCCAUCACGCCCGAUUGCUUCUCCUAUGGCAUCCUCAUUAAAUCUCUCUGCCUCACCGGCAAGGUCACCAAGGCCUUGGAGACGUUGCAAGAGAUGGUGGAGGUGAAGCAACUCGAGCCGACACUCAUCAUCUACACCACACUCAUCGAUUCUCUGUACAAGACAGGGAAGCAGGAGGAGGCGGAGGAGAUGUGGAAGAAGAUGAUUGAGAAGGGUUGUGUGCCUGAUCAUGCUGCUUACAAUGUGAGAGUUAUGCAUAGGGCGCUAAACGGGAAGCCAGAGGAAGUCCUUGAGCUGAUUAAGGAGAUGGAGGCUGCCGGCCUCGGCCCCGAUCGCAUCACCUAUACUUAUCUCAUUGCUUGCCACUUCAACGCAGGUCAACACGAAGAUGCCAUACAGGUAUACAGGGGACUAAGGAAGAAAGGUCCAAGACCGAAUGCGAAGAUGUUUAAGAUUUUGCUCACACAUUUGUGCGAGCAUGAGGAUUUCGACACUGGGUUUGCGGUGUUCAAAGAUAGCUUGAGGUUUAAUAAAGUCCCGGACUUUGAGACAGUGAAGCGCUUGGUGAGUGGUCUGGUUAAGGUAGACAAGGUGCAGGCAGCCAAGGAAGUAAUCGAUAAGGUGAAGAAGCGUUUCCCUGAAAAUUUGGUUCAGGGAUGGAAGAAGGUGGAACAGGAGCUUGGAUUGAAUGAAGAAGCAGAUGCUGCUUAA